AUGCGACAAACCCUCCCGAACGGCUCGCGAUACGGUCUGUGGGGGCGAGACGAUACUUUCCAAGCAACAGGUUGUGUGAAGUCGUAUGCCGGUCAGCGAGCUCCGGGGCCAAAUUCAUCUGGCGUGUGGCCGACGGGACGCCGUGUCAAGGAACUACGCAUCGCUCCGUUUGUUCCAGUGGCGUCUGCCAGCCUCGACUGGCCGGAACGACGACUUCUAGACGGACAGAGCUGGAGUGGACAAGAUGCGGCCGGUGCGGCGACACCUAGGAUCGUGACCGGCGCGUGGGGCAGCUGCUCAGCUUCUUGCGGUCCGGGCGUGUCAUCACGAAAAGCCGAAUGUGUCGCCCUGCACCCAAUGACACGCAAUAUCAUCCAACUGCCCGACAGCGAAUGUUCCGCGCUUCCCCAGCCGCCUCUAUUUCAGCCUUGCGAAGAACGACCUUGUCCGCUACAGGAAGAGCCAAAAGAUGCGAAAGACAGCUCGCCCUAUCGCUGGGAACACGGAGAAUAUGGACAAUGCUCGGCCAGCUGCCUUGGAGGGAAACAAAAAGCCGUGUUGAUGUGCGUGGAGGUGGCGACGAACCGUCCGGUGUCGUGGUCGCACUGUGAUGCCAGGCGAACCCCUCCAGAACGUGUGAAAACCUGCAACACGCAGCCGUGUCCGGCAACUUGGCAGGCGGGCCAAUUCUCGGAAUGUACGGCAACGUGUGGCGGAGGGACGAAUACGCGGAACGUCCGCUGUGUACGCCCCAUCUCAAAAUCAGGUGGAGCCGACUCGAACCUCAUCCUGCCCGACAAUCAAUGCCCACAUCCGAAACCACCGGAAACGCAACCCUGCGCGCAAGUUGCUUGUCCCGCCGAUUGGGUGACUGGCGUGUGGUCAGAGUGUUCCUCGUCGUGCGGCAGCGGUGAGCAACGACGACGCGUCGAAUGCGAGGGCCGAGACUCGCGCGGGCGCAGCGAACGUCGAAGCGAACGCGAAUGUGCCGCGCAACGGCCCCAUCACGUUCAAAUGUGCAACCUGGGCCCCUGUGGCGAGAAGCCGCAACUAAAAUCGAACCGCGUCUUCGAGCAGGCCAGCGACGAGAAGAAGCUGACGCUGGGAAUCGGGGGCGUGGCCACGCUAUAUCAAGGCACAAGUCUCAAGAUCAAAUGUCCGCGGAAGAACUUUGACAAGAAGCGAAUCUAUUGGACAAAGGAUGGCAGACGGAUCAGGAAUGAUGCUCACAUCAAAGUAUCGACAAACGGCAACCUCCGCAUCAAACAUGCUCGACUGGAAGACGCCGGAACCUACGAAUGCUUCACCGACAGUCUACAGGGCAACGUCACGCUCCACUUCAAAUACCACGACGAGGCAGAUAGCGUUCAGAAAGCGCUGGACAGUAAUCGCGUCGAAUCACAUCUGCACCCAAAGCAUUCACGGCUCUAUAAUAUCACACGUCUGCAGAACCUAUUGACAGAAAUCUCGGACGCCGAAGAGCUGCUGAAAGAGCUGAAACCAUUCCACUCGCUUUUCAAGGUGCGCGACGUGUCUUGCUUGAUGGUGAUCGAGGGCGGGACGACGAAACGCACCGAUAUCGCGGUGUGCAGCCUCAGCCCAAGCUCGAAACCCCCAAAUACAAGACCAUGCCAAAUGAUUGGAUGCCCGAAAUGGGAGACGUCUGAAUGGACUGAGUGCGCGCUGUCACGCUGCGUGCGCGACGGUGUCGCCCAACAGCGCCGUAUCCUGCGUUGCUUGGCGCAAAACGGCACCGAGGUCGACGUCGACCAGUGCGACCGGUCGAAUCGCCCGAAGCCGAAGAAGGACUGCGAGAAUGCCAAAUGCAAAGCCGAGUGGCGGGCCAGCGAAUGGGGCACGUGUACGCAGAGUUGUGGGAAUGGAGGCGUACAGCUGCGCAUGCUUCAAUGCGUGUGGACUGUUUCCGGAAAAGCGGCCGGCCGCUCUUAUGCCUCGUGCGAGGACCUGUCCCGUUUUUGUGACAUCAUCAAGCUAUUCCACUCAUGCGAUUCUGAGGAAGUACGGCGACGCUGCUGCGCUUCGUGCACCAGAUACGAUUUCCGGCGGCGAACC